UUUUUUAAAAAAAUAUCUGGAUUAUUAUUAUCUCUUUGAUUUCUCCUUUUAUCUUACCAACUAAAAACCUCAUCUUGUUUCUCUCUCUCUCUCUUUUAAAGCAGUGCAAUAAUGGGGGACAUGAUCGAUGUUCUUCUUGUGGUCGUCUAAUUCCUUAACCUCCACUGCUUUUGUCAUCUUAUCCUGCGCACCAACUUGUCUGAAGUCCAGAUUAAUCUUUCCCCCUUUUUCUAUUUUUUCAGUUGAUGAAUACAAGCCCUGUUAAGGAGCACAGAAGACUGCGAAGAAGAAUAGGGGAAGGUCGAAUUUUUUUUUUUAAUAAAAUUUUUUUCGAUUCAACUAAUUCGACUUCUGUGGGAGACGAGAAUGGAGGUUUUCGUGGGUCCCACGUUCGUGGAUGUGCCGCCGGGGUACGUUAGAGAGGCGUCCAAGGAUGGGUCUUCGGCGGGUUCCCCUUGUUUGUUUAUAAAGGAGGAUGCCGAUGUUGGUGCUGGUGGCGGCGAGAUCCGGAAGGGAAUAGGGUCUGGGUUGUUGGACGACACGCCGGAGGUGUCGUCGGAGACUGAGAGUUCGUCGUCUAUUGGAGGUCCGGGAGAUAGCGAUGGGGAGGAGGAGGAUGGGGUCGUUUCAUCUCAGGGAAGUGGAGGGUUGGCUUCUUUGGACUCUCUCGAGGACUCUCUUCCGAUCAAGAGGGGGUUGUCAAAUCAUUACUCAGGGAAAUCAAAGUCUUUUGCAAAUAUAGCAGAUGUAAGCUUGAACUUGAAUACAGCCAAAGAUCUGGAAAAACCAGAGAGUCCAUUCAACAAGAGAAGGAGAGUUCUGAUUGCAAAUAAAUGGGCAAGGAAGUCAUUCUAUUCCUGGCAAAAUCCCAAAUCCAUGCCUGUUCUUGCAUCUCUGAAUGAAGAUGAUGAAGAUGAAGAAGGUAAAGAGAUCCCUUCGUCGUCGUCGUCCUCCUCCUCCUCCUGCUCCUCAUCAUCCAGAGAAAGAGUGGAAGAAACAGCAAGAACAGAAGUGCAGAAGAGCAAGCUGAAGCAUACUUUCACUUUUAAGUCACAGAGCUGCUUUUCUCUUACAGAUCUGCAAGAACAAGAACAAGAACAAGAUCAAGAUCAACAACUGCCGCAUUAGGAUGCUAGGAGGCUGUUGAAUGGGGGACAGCUUUGACUUUUCAGUUUCCUAAAACAAUCGUUUGUCGUACGGACUCACCACAUCUCACCUCAGUGAUAAUCUCUCUGGAAGUGUAAGCAUAUCCAUGGGAUGGAAGAGGGCUCGUUCUUUUUAUUUUUAUUUUUAUUUUUAUUAACACUAACGAUGUGAAUUAUCUAUGUAUCAUGUAUUUUUUUAUUAUUAAUUCAUUAGGCCGGUUAAGUUAAUUAAAUUCAAAAUCAUCA